GGCUAAGCUUCUAAACUUGCGAGAGUACUUUGGCAACCAAAAACGGCCUGGGAAACAAGGAGAUGAGAAGAUGAUGAUACUACUGUAGCAGAACAACUUCACAAUUCACUCUCUUGGCCAGGCGACAGCAAACACAACAACAGCAACAAGAUGGGUCAAGGAAUAUUCAGAUCGUCGUACUUCUAUGAUUUGUCCACUGUGAAGUACACACCCGAACAACGCAAUGCCGUGGAGAAGCUGAUCAAAACAGAGCCCAUGGUCGUCUUCUCAAAAAGUUACUGUCCACACUGUGUGUCGGCGAAGCAACUGCUGGAGUCUCAUGAUGUGGAUACGGCCACCGUGAGAGAAAUAAAUUACGAGGCAGAUGGUUUGGAGACCCAGGCAAUCCUAUACCAAAUCACAGGACAGAAAACAGUCCCCAAUAUUUUUGUUGGAGGUGGACACAUUGGUGGAAAUGACCACUUGCACAAGCUUGCCAAGUCUGGUCAGCUGAAAGAAGUGCUGGAUCGCCACAAGAUUCCAAACAGUUUCCCAAGUCCAAGCCAAAUUUUGGGAGAUGGCGCGCACCACUAGGAAAUCGAAAGGGUUGCAACCCUGUACAUGGAACAUGGAUGAAGGCCAUUUACACUAGUUUUCAGGUGGUCUUUUCUCAUUUUUCAGCUUUGUGUUACUCUCUAGGUAGAGUUUUAUCAAAUAAAAUUGUUUGUAGUAGAUGAGCCAGCCAGUAGACUUAU